GAUGUCAUCGCAACCGGCCGCCGAAGCUCGCUCGGGGAUUAUUUAUAUCAGCUGGGGGGGGGGGGUAGUGAGGGGGUCUCUCUCUCUCUGUAGCCACACACACACAGGGGUCCAGAGCACACAAGCCGCAUACGACAACAACAACAUCAUCAUCAACAACAGCACCACCACCAACCAACCACCAUCAUCUUGAUAACCAGCAGCGGCUUGUGGACUGUCUCGCGAUGAUCCAGCGAAUGGAUUCAUUAAUUUAAUUGCUGCUGCGCCGCCGCCGCCGCUGCUGCUGUUGUUGUUGUUUUGCCCCCCCUCCUCUGCUCGCCGCUGGGAUUAAUGGCUCUGGCUCGGCUUUCAGGAGGGAGGAGGCAGUAGCUUUGAGAAGGAAGAAGAGAAGGAGGAGGAGGAAGGAGAAGAUCGCUGCUGCUGCUGUUGACGAGGAGGUUGGAGCAGCAUGGCACUCAUGCCUCCUACGGGGUGACUUCUCCCUCCUCGAGGUGGCUUCUGUCCCCCUUGAGCUGCGUUAACGUUGAGGUUCGCAUUAAAAACCGUGCGCAGGGAGGAGGACGAAGCCCCAAUCCCCAGGAGGAAUUUCCAUUCUGAGAGCGACCACCACCACCACCAGCACCGCCAGCACCGCCAGCACCGCCAGCACCGCCAGCACCGCCCCCCCCCCACCGCCACUCAAGAUGGGGCCGUCGCUCAGAUACGACGCCGACGCGCCAUCGUCCAGGCUGGCGGAAUUUUCACCGGCGCCGCUUCUGCUGACGCUGACGCCGCCGCCGCUGCCACCGACCUCGUCUGACCUUGCCUGACCUCGAGGUCGACCCUCGUCAGGUCGACCGGCAGAUCCGCUGCACCCCACCCACCCCUCUCCCGCCCACUGCCACGGCAGCCGCUACCAACUGCCGCCCGCAUCCAGCCGCCCUCUCUUUCUACCCCCCCCCCCUUAUUUUUUUCUGCCGUCUGCCGCCACCUACUGUCGCGCCUCUCUCUACUUCCGCCGCCGCGUCGCUCACCUGAUCGUGUUCCGCCGCGACGGCACGGCCGAAGCCGGUUCCUGCGAUCGACGGCUGCUGGGGCGCCAUGGUCGGAGGGAAGGUGGUGGGGCCCCGGCCGAUGGAGGCCGACGCCCUGGCGGCCGUACUGCGGCGGCGCGACUCGCGCUCGACGCUCAUCGUCGACAGUCGUCCCUUCGUGGAGUUCGCCUCGUCGCACAUCGUCGGCGCCGUCAACGUGGGCAGCUCGACGCUCGUGAAGCGCCGCCUGCAGCAGGACCGCGUGAGCGUGCGGGAGCUGGUUCAGCACGCGGCGCAGGUGGACACGACGGAGUGCCGCAGCGUGGUGGUGUACGACCAGAGCACGCGCGACGUGCGCCGGCUCGCUCCCGACCACUUCGUGUGCGUGCUGCUCGCCAAGCUGGAGCGAACCUUCCCCGGCGUCGCCCUGCUCACGGGGGGCUUUGCUGCGUUCUCCGCGUGUUUCCCGGGGCUGGUGGAGGUGGCUCGGCCGCCCGCCCCCCUCCCGUCCAGCAUCUCCCAGCCGUGCCUCUCCUCCUCCUCCUCCUGCAGCCUGGGCCCCACCUGCAUCCUGCCGCACCUCUACCUGGGCUCGCAGAGGGACGUGCUCGACCGGGGGCUGAUGCUGCAGACGGGCAUCGCGUACGUGCUCAACGCCAGCACGUCGUGCCCGCGCCCCGACUGGCUGCCCGAGAGCCGCUUCAUGCGCGUCCCCGUCAACGACGGCUACGGAGACAAGAUCCUGCCCUGGCUCGAGCCGUCCGUCUCCUUCAUCGAUCACGUGCGGGUGUCACAGUCGCGCGUCCUCGUCCACUGUCUCGCUGGGAUCUCGCGAUCGGCCACCGUGGCCAUCGCGUACGUCAUGCGGACCACGGGGCUAUCGUCCGACGAUGCUUACCGCUUCGUGAAGGAGAAGCGACCCUCCAUCUCGCCAAACUUCAACUUCCUGGGGCAGCUGCUGGAGUACGAAAGGGGCCUCCGUGGCUCGAAAUGGAGCAGCAUCUCCAUUCCCCAAAACUGCCUCGGCCCUCCGACGCCUCUGCCCGCCAAUAGCCACGAGCGAGUUCCAAACGACACGCCGGAUGAUGUGCGCGCGACCGGGAGGCCCGCCGCCUCGUUGUGCAAUGGCAGGGGACACUCCUCCUCCUGCUCGUCCUCCUCCUGCUCGUCCUCCUCUUCUUCGGAGGGCAGCGGCGGUGGCCGAGUGGGGCCCCCGGUCCUCAUGACGAGUCCGCCGCCUUCGCCCGAGCGCGUGCACAAGUACAGCCUCCUCAAGCGGUCGUUCUCGCUCAACCUGCGCUCCACCGUCUACCCGGCCGGCGGCGACUCGGCGCUGACGAUUCUCACGCCGACCGAGGACACGGCGCAGGCGCUGCGCGGGUUUUGCCUCCGCGAGAGCCCCGCUGGGGAUGGCAGCGACGGGGAGGACGGCGGAGGCGUCGCGCGGCGGCCCAAGAAGAAGCUCUCGCCCGACGAAUCCACCCCGGCGAGCCCGAUGGCCGUCUUUCCGCGCGGCCAAGCCAACGGCUACUGCGACGCCCCGUGGCUGCCCGUCUCCUGCGACGGCGUUGGGGCGGCGGGCGGCGUCGCGCCGGGCCUCUGGGACCAUUACCGGCUGCUGUCUCCCAGCACUCCUUCGACGCCGCCCAGCCCUUGGGAGAGCACCCCACCCCCCUUGCCGGGACCACCUCUCGAAUUCCUGCCGGGCGCUCCUACCUCUCCGUUCGUCGCUCCGUUCCCCGGUCCUCCACCGGACUCGUCGCUCCUACCCGCGAAGGCGUCGCACCCGCGAUGCGCGCGGUCGCCCGCCGCCGAUGGCCGCCAGAGUUUGGAUUCCCCGCGGCUGCCGGUCCUCGGCAUGGCGUCGGUGUCGGCCAGCGGCGAGGACGGGAAGGAGGCCGGCGCCUGCGAGCGCGUCUCCGCCGGGAAGGGGAAGAAGCAGCAGGAGAAAGUGGAACCGCAGCCGCCGUCGUUGUUGAUGUGCGGUGGGGGGGCGGGGGCGGCGCCGGGUGCAGCGCGGCCCUCGGGAAGCUGCCGGCCCGAGGAGCCCCCCUCGGUACAACGCUGCGGGAGCGAAGCGCUGGAGCUCGACGAGUCGAACGUCGUCGGCAGGGCGACGUCGGCGGACGGUGCCGAGGUGGGCGCGACGCCGGGCCCCAACGCUAACCCGAGCCUGCAUUCCAUUAGCAAGCAGUCAAGCCUGGAGGCCAUACAGGUAUUGUGAGCAGGGUCACAAUUUGGAGAGGGGGGGCAGCCCGCUCGCUCGCGAUGAGGCUUCAGAACACCAGAGUUACAAAUGGCCUGGAUUUGAGGCCUGAAGCGUGUUUUGUUCACUGCUGCCUGGUGGUAGUGACGGUGUUUGUUUCGAAGCCGUGGUGCUUAGCGGAUGGCCCAGCAGAGUGAGCGGCGGAUCACAUAGACGGCAGGCAGCAGGCCGCGAGCCGGCCAUCUUCUUGAAAUGCACUCCGUGAAACCUGCCGAGUGCGUUGUGCUUUUUCUUUGAAAUAUGAUCUUGAGUGACCAGUUGGCGAGGCUCCUACCCUCCCACAAAUGUGUUCUGGAGUCCAAACAUCUGCAAUCCUGAGAAGAAGAAGAAUGAGAAAAAAGGUUGACAAACGAUACUCCUCAUACCAAAAAAAUUGUUAGCUUGCAGGAGGGAAGCACACUUAAUUACUGCAAACGCAGGUGAUUUGCCUCCAGGUGUUCUGAAGACUCUACGUAGAGACGGGACUUGGCCUGAAAGCUGGAACAACUUUAAGGAUUGCAACGGCUGCCCUCCUCUGAAUAAACUACAAAGACGUUCUGUCGACUAAUCUCUGAGCAGCUGCCGUGGAAGUCCACGUGAAACAUUUUAUUUAUUUUUAAACAUUUUUUUUUUCUCUCCCAGGACAGAUGUGAGACUCUGCCUGUGUGUGGUGUCCUAGGUGCAUGGUGAUACUUUGGCGUAUUAGGCAUCGUGUUUGAGCGUGUGAGUGUACCUUACCGUGGGUUUGCGCACGCGCGUGUGUGCAUAAAGUAUGUGUGUGUGAGAGAGAGAAGGUGAGUCUCUGUGAGUGUUUGUUUGUGUGCGCGUACUUGCGCAUGCCUGACUACCUAACUGCAUGUGCGCGUGUGCGUGCCCGUGUCUCUGUGUGUAUACCCGUGUACAUGCUUGUUCACGCACGUACGUUUUUGCAUGCGUCUGUGCAUGUACGUGCGUGUCCCUGUAUGUAUGUGCAUGCACAUAACUGAAGCGGGGCUUGCAUGCACACUUACGGAUGUGCGAGCGUGGGUAUGAAUGCUUGAAUCCACUUGUGUGCGUGCGGGUACAGAUGUUUGAAGGUGUGUGAGCGUGCACGUGUUAAAGUGUUUGUGUGUCUCCUCUCCAAAGCUUUACGUGAUAAUUCAUCUGAUGAUUAUAAUUAAUAUCUAUGAGAGGAUCAACAACAAUUUGUGUUAUUUAGGUGAUUAUUUAUGAACACUCCUGAAGCACUUAUGACACAAUUCUUCUCUUAAUCUGGAAUUUGGAUUUAAGGGAUUUAAAUUAUAAUUUAUUGACAUUUACGUUGUUUCACUUUAUAAUUUAUAUCGGUCGUAAAACUGUAGGUCUCUGGGAACUUCUGUAUAGUUUUCAGUUUUCGCUUCUUUGUACAAACUAUCGUGUGUAUUUCAUAUACAUACACACACACAAUGGCAAAGACGUUUUAAGAAUGUGACGUGAGAAAAACACUCGCUCUGACCUAAACAAUGAGCUUAUUUUAAACCCCAAAUCGGUGAGCGGUAGGCGAUCGUGUCAUGUGAUCACACCUGACAAAAAGGUGGGCCGCAUUACAAACCUCCACAGUCCUUUGGAGUUUGUAGAAAAUGUCAAUGUCCUUUUCUCAAAACCCCUCGGAUGUAGAAGUAAAAAUGACCACGCAACUCCUCUGAGCCUUGGCCACGUGCAACUGUAACUGUGAAUAUUACGGCAAGAUGAAGAUGUUUUGUUUCGUCAAAUGCCACGAUCGUAGCAGCAAUUGCAGCAACGUGACAGAACUUACGCGUUAAUCUCUUUGGGCUGUGGUUUUUACUGCAGAUAAAAUGCAUUUGUGGUCAGUAGGAGUUAGAGAUAACAAACUGUGGAUGUAAGGACUCUCUUACAUUGUUUGUGUGUGUAUAUAUAUACAAAAGUUGUGUUUUCCAUGACUGGGGUAGCCAUUGAUGUUAUAAGGCCUGGAGCUGGGCAGAACACACUGGAGACAAUGGCCUAGCGGAUCUGAGGUUCGUUAGCCCAGGGACAUGAGCUGUUGGGAGAUUAAAAGCGCCGUUCUGCCCCGGCCUAAUCUCCAGGCCUGACCCAAGCCUUGAUCCAACCCGUUGCCACUGAUUAGGCUGGGCCAGCAAGGGAUUUGGGGCAGGCAGGGCCCACAUUUAAAAAUCAGAAGGUUCCCAUGAAAACAAAGUUUGUUUAAUUCAUUUUUUAAUGUUAAUUUUAUCGCCAAUCUAUAAGAAGUUUUUUUGGGUUAUAAUGCAUAAAAAUAUAAAUGUCGUUAAAACCCACCACCACCCGACACAGCCAACUAGUAAGGGUUGUCACGUACACAAAACACGCCAAUUCGUUACUAGAAGAGCACA